AUGGGGGGCCGCGCCAAGGCGGCAGGGCAGGGCCGCGGCUCGGCUGCAGGGCAGGACCGGGACGGCGGCGGCGGCUGCUACGAGCGGUGGCUGCUACGAGCAGCGGCGGCGGCGGCUGUCACGGCAGGAGCGGCGUCGGCUGUCACGGCAGCAGCGGCGGCGGCGAACGGCGAACGGAGCCUGGGGCCAGGGGCGGCUGCUGCAGGGGCGGCUGCUGCAGGGGCGGCUGCUGCAGGGGCGGCUGCUCCAGGAGUGGCUGCUGCAGGGGCGGCUGCCGUAGGAGCAGCUGCUCCAGGGGCGGCUGCUCCAGGGGCGGCUGCUGCAGGGGCGGCUGCUCCAGGGGCGGCUGCUGCAGGGGCCGCGAAGGGGGGCCGCGAAAGGGGCCGUGAAGGGCUGUGA